GCCUGCUGAGAAAUUUGCCUCCGCUCCCUUGGCCGUUCUCCGCUUCUAGCCGAGGCGGCUACGAUGUCUCAAGAUGGCGGAGGCGGCCGAGCUGAAGGAUUCAGAAUGUAACCAUCAUUGUCCAACAUCAGACCCUGGAAUAUGCAUUUGUCCCUGCACAUGGUUAUGAGCUUUAGAGUGUCGGAGCUGCAGGUGCUUCUGGGUUUUGCGGGCAGGAACAAGAGCGGACGGAAGCAUGAGUUGCUCACCAAGGCCUUGCAGCUGCUGAAGUCCGGCUGCAGUCCAGCCGUUCAGAUGAAAAUCAAGGAGUUGUACCGGCGACGGUUCCCCCGGAAGAUCCUGACCCCCUCUGACUUAUCCAUGCUCCACCUCCAGACAGGACAGCUGCCCUCGGCCACAGCGCUGACUCAGGGCGCCAUGUGCCACUUGCCCUACAAUAAUGGAUCGGUGACUUCCACUGUGCCGGCUGGUAUGUUGCCCCCGGUGCCUAUGUUGGGACCCAAACACGAGACGGAUGUUCCGCACUUGUCGCCCCCCAUUCAUCCGGUCCACCCUGAUGUCAAAAUGAGGCGGUUACCCUUCUAUGAUGUGUAUGAUGAACUCAUCAAACCUACCACGCUAGCUUCCGUGAACAGCCAGAGAUUUGAGGAGGGCCAGUACUCUUUUGUCCUGACACCGCAGCAGGUGCAGCAGAUCCUCACCUCUCGAGAGAUCUUACCUGGUACCAAAUGUGAUUACACCAUACAGGUUCAGUUAAGGUUUUGUUUGUGUGAGACUAGCUGCCCACAAGAGGACUACUUCCCUCCUAAUUUAUUUGUGAAGGUCAAUGGAAAACUUUGCCCCCUUCCAGGUUAUCUUCCUCCCACAAAAAAUGGUGCAGAGCCCAAGCGACCGAGCCGACCCAUCAACAUCACCCCUCUGGUGCGGCUUUCUGCAACAGUGCCCAAUAGCAUUGUAGUGAACUGGUCCUCUGAGUUUGGCCGGAAUUAUUCCUUGUCUGUUUACUUGGUGAAACAAUUGACGUCUGUGACAUUGCUGCAGAAGCUGAGGGCUAAGGGGAUCCGAAACCCGGACCACUCACGGGCUCUGAUCAAAGAAAAGCUGACAGCUGAUCCUGACAGCGAGAUUGCCACAACAAGUUUACGCGUUUCUCUCAUGUGCCCGCUGGGCAAGAUGAAGCUGACUGUCCCUUGUCGAGCAUACACCUGCACCCACCUCCAGUGCUUCGAUGCAGCCCUUUACCUUCAGAUGAACGAGAAGAAGCCAACGUGGACCUGCCCUGUUUGUGACAAGAAGGCCCCCUACGAGGCCCUGAUCAUUGACGGUUUGUUCAUGGAAAUCCUCAAUUCGGUCACAGACUGCGAUGAGAUCCAGUUCAUGGAAGACGGCUCCUGGUGCCCCAUGAAGCCCAAGAAAGAAAACCAGGAGGUUUGCCAGCCAUCGGCUUACAAUGGGGUGGAAGCCAAUUCCCUGUACAUGGUGGGCCCUGAUGGGAAGCAGCUGGCUGAAAGCAAGAAGAAAGUGGAGGUCAUUGACCUGACACUAGACAGUUCUUCGGACGACGAGGAGCCGCCCGUGAAAAAGCAGUGCCCCGUCACCACCGCAGCCAUUCCAUCUGCAGCGGGACCCAAGGGGGUAUUAAGUACUGACCACCAACCAUCCUCAGUCCUGCGGAGCCCCCCGAUGGCAGCUGUCGGCAGCGACUACCUAUCCAGCCUCCCAAUCCCAGACUACCACCCUUCCUACCAGGUCCCUUCAGAUAUCCAAGGUCUGGAUUUGUUUUCCUUCCUUCAAAGUGAAAAUCAGCAUUACAGCCCUUCCGUGAUCACCUCCCUGGAUGAGCAGGACACCCUCAGCCACUUCUUCCAGUACCGUGGUCCCUCUCCACAUUUCAUGAACCCCCUCGCUCCUGUCGUGGUGGGAUCCCAUGGCACAGUUGGGUCCCCCUCCGGUGGCCGCCUGAACAGCGUUGUGUCUUCUCCGUCGGCAGCUUUGCGGGAGAACCACGGGCACAACAGCACAGUCGGGGGCAGCCCCGUCUUGCCAACUUGCCGGCCAGAUAUAAUCUCACUAGACUAAACCGCGGUGAAGAAACAAGUCUUGUGCACCAGUGCGGAUUCAUUCCUCCCCGAUACAGAGAGAGAAGCGCAUACAGAAAAGAUGGAUUUUACUCAAAUCAGCUUGGAAAGAGAUGCAUUGAAUGAGAAUCUUCUCUCCGACUGGCAUUCUGGACAGACAGGGUGUCUUCUGUAUAUUCUGCACAAGAUUCAGAACAUGGAAUUUGGUACUGGCUGCAGAAUUUAGUGCCCUGAGAAUCCUUGUUUUCAUUCGUUUAUUUUAAAGUUAUGUUUCUAGCUCGUGUGAUUUCUGAGAGAUGCAUGGAAAUGCAUAAGUAAUGCUUGUGAAAUUUCAGCAAAUGCUGAAACAGGGUUUCCAGCAGUUAUGGGGCAGGGCCUUGGUGCCUAAUGGAAACAGAAAUUAAUUAUGCAAAACGAUUGAAACAGAUGCAUCGUCUCUUCAAGGUUCAAAACCAUGGUUUCCAUAGCACAGAAUUGCACACAAUCUGAUUUGCCUUUCUCGUGCAGGGUGCUGCUGAAACGAUGGCAUUUUUGUUUGACCCCCAUGCAAAAAUUGCCUGUAAACGGUGUACACCUAGGGGCAGCUGCACCCACUGCAUCAGCAGCUCAGUGGGCACUGGCUGCAAAGGACAACGAGCACAAGUCAGGAAGUAGAGGAAUAUCUUGUUUUGGACCAAGUUAGCCCAACAUUUAAGUUGUGCAAGCUUUCACGUUUUCACAGCACUCUUUCAGACAGAAAGAUGCACCUGAUGAUGAGUCCUGUAGAAGUCAGAAGUCGUGUGCAUGUAUGCCAGUCUAGGUUCCCCUAAUACUUCUUUCUUUACUCUGUUACCUCAGCUUGUCAGUGCAGCUUGUUUGUUGGGCCAGUCAGCCAUUGAAAGACUGUAAUGCAAGCGCAGGCCUGACUCUGCCUACAAAGCCAUGGUUUGCAAUCCAGAAGCUGGAAUUGGGAACAUGCAGCCCUUUUCUAACUUCUCCGUACCAUGGUUCCCUCUCUUCCCAACCUUACCCAUGGCUUAGCAUGAUGUGAGCCUCAAUGAUCACCAGGGUUCCUUCAAGAUGUCCCCAGGGUAAAAGCUUUUGAGGGCAUCGCCAGGCAAGGAAAACUUACAAUCAUAGAAUCGCAGAGUUGAAUACAGGCCAUCUAGUCCAACCCUCUUCUCAGUGCAGGAUCAGCCUAAAGCAUCCCUGACAAGUGAAUAGAAAACUUGAGGAGGAACUGCCGUGUAGACCCUUCCUUGCCACUGCAAAUGCCUCUGUGUUUGUAAUAGCAAUGAGACCUACGCAGAGAAUUGUCUUUGUGUGAAAGCAGCUGUGGCGUGUUUGUUAAUUGUGCUCACGAGAGCCUCAUUUGCAUUAACCUUGGUUUAUGUUGGCCAUGCAGAACAUCAAGCCAAAGGCUGUUGCUGAGGGAGAGAGGGGGAUUUGAUACUGGAGAAAAGGCAGCAGUCGAUGCUCAUCCUCCAGGCAAAAUUGUGGUUUGCGAGGAGCCAAUGUUAAGAUUCCACACAUGUCAGCAAGUGGAAAUCAGACACUGCAGUUCUGCAGAGACUUUCAACUUAAAAAAAAAAAAGUUUUUGGCUACAAAAUCAUGCAUCCUGUAGCCCAGAAAACUUGGCCUGCUACCCGGCAAUACUUUCUUGUAGAUCUGGGCAGGUGUAAUUUAUUCUGCCUUUGAGUUGUGCUUCCUGCAUAUCUGGUUUUAUGGUGAGUGGCCAGCAUCGCUGCGUGGGAAGCAGCCCCAUGCAUUUCCCAUAGCGUUGCUGGGUGUUUUUUUUUUUUUUUUUAAUUCUUGCCCAUCCAUCCCUGUUUGUGGCCCAUGACUCUACCUGGUCUCUCGACCAUUGUUACUAUAAUGUAUUUUUUUAAGCUGUAGGCCUAAAGUUUCCUCCACUCUCCCUUAAGAUAUUUCCUACCAAUCUUGUACAGAGAACAAAUGAUAUCUUUAUAUAUAUAUAUUAUAAUAAUCUAUAUUUUCAGUUUUUUGUACAUACAAAACUCCAAAGAUCUUUUUCUGGUUUUCUUUUUCCUCCCUUUCUUUCUUUAUGAGGACUAAAUGAAGGUUGCGCCUUCCUGCCUGCACAUGGUGCGUGCUUGUGGGUGGUUAACGCAUCAUCCAUUGCACAACUUAUUUAUGUAUUUAAGUGUACUGUGUGUAUAUAUAUACGUGUGUGUGUGUUAAGUUUGUAGCAGCUACUUCCUAGCCUGAAUCUCGCUGUUAACCUGCUCUUGCGUUUUCAGAGCCAGUCGACACAUCUUCUCACUGUUGCGAGGAGAAAGACUGCAGAGACUCCUACUUUUUAAAAG